GGAUGGUCAUUGGGCUUUAUGUCUAGUGAAUCAAACCAUACACGAGCCCAAUAUUAACCCACCCCACAGUAAACCUCAACUGCUCAACAGUUCGAAAGCUUCUCUCUUCACUCUCCGUGUAACUCCUUCAAUGGCGACCGAGAACAAAUCCAAGGCAAGCAACUGCAACAAAAAUAACAAGAAAAGAAAGAAUUACCUGCCUCACAAUAAGCCAAUCAAAAAGGAUUCUUACCCCUUACGUCCUGGCGUUGAAGGGUUCUUCAUAACUUGUGAUCUUGGGAGAGAACGCCAAGCUUCGCAUGAAGCCAUCAAUGUUAUCGACUCUUUUUACGAAGAGCUUAUGGAAGGUAGAGAGCCGAAAGCUGGACAUGAGGGGCUAUCUGGAAAGCCCGUUGACAAAAUAACAAAGUUCUCUUACUCAGAUUCAUCCAGUAGCGAAAAAGAUGAGGAUGAAACUACAGAGGGUGAUGAGGCUGAUAACAAAAAUAUUGUUACGUCAAGUGGCGAUGGAAAUGAAAAGAGUGGGGCUGAAAUUAAAGAUGAUUUGUCACUUGAGAAACAAGCACAGAAAGAGAAAGAGAAAGAGAAGCUAGCUGAUGUUCGUGAAAAAACAGAAACAGAAGCUGUGGAACCACCUGUAAAGAGACAAUGUGUAGAAGAUAAAUCUGUUGAUAGGCUAAUUGAGGCUGAGCUAGCCGAAUUAGGAGAUAAGAGCAAGAUGAGGCGUUUCAGUAAGCUCGACACAGGAUGUAAUGGUGUUAUCUUUAUUCAAAUGCACAAGAGAGAGAGAGAUCCAAGCCCAAAGGAAAUUGUCCAACAUAUGAUGACUUCUCUUGCUUCAACCAAGAAAAACAUAUCCAGGUUUCUGUUGAGAGUGCUUCCAGUUGAAGUAUCAUGCUACACAUCAGAGGAGGAAAUCAAGCGGGCAAUAAAGCCUCUGAUUGAGAAGCAUUGUCCAGUAGAAACUGAGGCCCCGCGUAAGUUUGUAGUGUUAUAUGAUGUUCGCGCAAAUACUGGUGUCGAUCGGGCCAAAAUUAUUGACACUGUUGUCAAGACUGUUCCAUCUCUGCAUAAAGUUGAUCGGUCCAAUCCUGAUUUUUACAUAAUGGUCCAAGUUGUCAAGACUGUGUGCUUGAUUGGAAUAGUGGAGAAGUACAAAGAAUUGGCCAAGUACAACUUGAGGCAGCUGAGCUCGUGAAAGCAGUAAAUUUAGCUUUGGAACUUUUCCAAUAUUUCUAGGAGUACUCUGUUUUUCUUUUUACCAACCACUGCUUUUUUAUUUUCUCCUACACUAUCUUCUCUAGAGACAGGAUUGUUGAUUUCAGUGUGUUUGAGAGGAGAUUUUAUAUUCUCAGUAUUCUUAUUCGAUGCAAAUUUAUUUCAACAUGCAUCAGUUGUUUGCAAGACUUUUAUUGCAAUUUGAAAUUUAUGUUUGUAGUGUACUUUUUGUCUGGUAUGACUUAUUAAAUUAUAUAUGCUGAUA